UUAGAGGAACGAAUAUUGCCAAUAGGCGCCCACUUCACUGACUGCUGGUACUUUCGCACAUGCUGUAGCAUACCAGACGUACUCCUCGGCUUGUCAAUGCUGUUGUCAAUCACUGGAAGGGUAUCCUUCGAUAGUCUCGCAUUCACUUCCGCUGCCGUUGGCCGUCGUCGAGUGAAGCAACCAACUGAGGAGCUUGAGGAGGACUCAAGAGAGGUGUUGUCUCUAGAAGAGUCCCAGUUUGUUGAUUAGCGUUACUCAGAGCGGAUUUUACAAACGUUCGAAGCGAUUUUACGCCCAACCCAUUUUUUAUCAAAAAU